GAAGCUCCGGUCACAGGUGGCUGAAGACACACCCACAGCAAACAGAGGCCAGAGAAUGAGCGUGAGAACAGGUUUUACACAGGUUUUAUUCUCACACACCCUUCACAAGCCAGAAGAACUUACAGGGUAACUACGAGAAGAUCCUUCAUCAUGCAGUGCCCACAAUCUCCAGGGCGAAUGCUUUCAGAGGAGCAGUUCUCCUGCUCCAUCUGUCUGGAGGUCUUCGUCGAGCCCGUCUCCACUCCGUGCGGCCACACUUUUUGUAAGGCCUGUCUGCAGGGUUUCUGGAACCACAGCAAGAAGUUUCUGUGCCCCAUGUGCAAGAAAGCCUUCUCGAAAAAACCAGAGCUCAGCGUCAACUGCGUGCUAGCCGAGAUAGCCGAACAGUUCCAAGGUCUGUCGACGAUGUCCUCGGUCGACCGGGCCAACGCUGACUUCGCGAAUUCCCCACAGAAAGACGACGACUGGGGAGACUUUGCUAAAGCGGGAGACGUGCCAUGCGACGCCUGCAUCGGCCGGAAGAUGAAGGCCACGAAGUCGUGUCUGAACUGUCCGGGCUCGUUUUGCGAAGCUCACCUGCGGCACCAUAAGAAGGGGAAGGCGAUGAACUCGCACAAGCUGGUGGAGCCCAUACACAACCUGGAGGACAAGAUGUGCAAGACACACAAACGCCUCCUGGACGCCUACUGCCGAAACGAACAUGUGUGCAUCUGUAAGGAGUGCGCAGAGUCCUCGCAUAAAGGCCAUGACGUUGUCUCCACUGAACGAGAGUGGAAGAAAAAAACGAGUCAGCUGGGAAAGAAAAGGUCAGAACUGAAACAUCUGAUCAAGGAGCGAGAAAAGAAACUCGAGGAAAUCAAGCAGUCCAUCAAAGUCCUCAAAGACAACAGUCAGAAGGAGAUCGAGGAGAGCUGGGCGGUUUACGCGGAGCUGCAGCGGCUGCUGGAACAGUCUCAGGCCGAGCUGCUGGAGCUCAUCACCACACGGCAGAAACAAGCAGAGCAGCAGGCCAAAGAUCUGGCCAGCGGCCUGGAGCACGAGCUCAACACCCUAAAGAAGAGGAGCAGCGAGCUGGACGCGCUCGCUCAAACACAGGACAGGGUGCUCUUUCUACAGUUCCUCCCAUCUCUUCCUCCUCCACCGGAGCCGUCUGAUUGGUCAGCGGUGUCUGUAAACACGGAUCUGUUCCUCAGCACCAUCAGGAAGUCCGUCUGCUCUCUGGUGGACAAAUUCCAACAUGAGGUCAAACGGCUUUAUGGGAAAGAACUCAGGAAGCUGCAAAACUAUGCAAGUGAGGUGAUCUUGGAUCCUGCCACAGCUCAGCGCGAUCUCUGUCUUUCCGAGGAUGGCCGGCAGGUGCGCUAUGAAGAGCAGCGAAAGAGCUCCACGCAUUCAGACACGCCGCGCCGUUUCAGCCCAGCGCUGUUCGUCCUGGCGCGUGAAGGUCUUUCUUCUGGAAGACACUACUGGGAGGUGGACGUGGGACACAAGACCGCUUGGACCGUAGGAGUGGCCCGCGGGUCGGUGCGUCGCAAAGGAGAGAUCCGCCUCAAUCCAGAAGGCGGCUUCUGGUGUUUAUGGCUGAAGAGCGGAGAAGUGAAAGCCCUUACUGGCAACAGAGUUCCUCUGCAUCUCGCCACACUGCCUCAGAAGCUGGGCAUCUUUCUGGACUACGAAGCUGGCCAGGUGUCCUUCUAUGACGUGAAGACACGCUUUCAUCUCUACACAUUCACCGAUGUGUUCACUGAGAGCGUCUACCCCAUUUUCAGCCCUUGCAUCAAUCAGGAUGGAAAGAACCCCGGAGCGCUGGUCAUCACGGCCGUUAAACACAGCUGAGAGGGCAAACUCGCUCCCAUGCAUUUUUCAUUAGUUUCUAAAACAUUGGUACAAACUUAAGAUCUACCAAAUGGACUGUGGACAAAUAAAACACUUUUUCAUAAGAGUUCUCUCUGCCAAUCUUAAAACACAGUUUGGGAACCGACAUGCAUCCAGUGUAAAAAGACUAUACGUUACUUUAAAAGAUGCGGACCGUUCCAAACUACAAAUACACUACCAUUAAAACUUUGCGGUCAGUAAGAAAGGAUGCGAGGAUGCAUUGACUCAAUCAAAAGUCAUAAUAAAGGCAUGUUACAAAUGAUUUCUACAUCAAAUAAAUGCUAUCAUUUUGAACUUUCUAAUAUUUCAACAUUGAUAAUCAGAAAUGUCUCGAGCAGCAAAUUAUUUCUUAAAAGUCAUGUGACACUGAGGACUGGAGUAAUGAUGCUGAAAAUUCAGCUUUGAUCACAGGAAUAUAUUUAAUUUUCCAAUAUAUUCACACAGAAGACAGCUAUUUUAAAUUGUAAUAUUAUUUCACAAUAUUGCUGUUUUACUGCAUGUUUUCUAUACAUUUGCAUUUUCUGUUUUUCAGGUUUGAAAUGCACUGACAAGCGUCUUUGAAUUUACUGACCCCAAACUUUUGAAUGGUCAUGUACUUCGGUUCACUUACUAUUAACAUGAACAAUAAAUUUAAUUCAAAGUUUAGGAAUUUGUGAAUAAACAUACAGAAUUGUAACAACAUUCUAAAAUCCACACUAUAACCCAAUCAUUUAAACAUCUGAAUUUAUAUUACUCAUUGAAAAAAAUGUUAUGAAUGUGUAUGGGUCAUACAACAAUGUAUAAGCUAAAUAUAUCAACUGUUUAGAUUAGAUCACUUAUAUAUUUCCUGUGUUUGUUUUAUAACCAGGGUGUCAUAAUGUAUGGAUACAAGUUUCUUUGCAAAAAUUUUAAAUAAAAUUCAUAAUAAUCAA